AUGGCUUCUUAUUACCUUGAUGUAUUAAUACAUUGGGUUUUCGUUGUUGUCAUUCUUCUCAUAUCCCUUAAGCUUAAACCAUUAGAGUCACAGAAAUUAAAUAAUCCAAGACUGAUGCAAGCUCAUGCAGCACUUGAAGCAUGGACACAUUGCAUGACCUCUGACCCAAACAAAAUCACUUCCACAUGGUCUGGCCCCAAUGUGUGCAACUACACUGGCAUCUACUGUGCACCAGCACCAGAUGACUCCACCAUUUUUACAGUGGCUGGAAUUGACCUUAAGAAUGCAAACAUAUCUGGUUCAUUACCUGAAGAUCUUGGCCUCUUAACCGACCUAGACUUCUUCCAUAUAAACUCCAAUAGAUUCACCGGUCCUCUCCCUAAGAAUUUUACCAAACUUGCCUAUCUUUAUGAGCUUGAUAUCAGUUUUAACCAAUUCUCAGGACCCUUCCCACAAGUUGUUCUUGCCAUUCCUUCACUGAGAUACUUGGAUAUUAGUAUUCCAUCAAGUGUGGCCAAAAUGAAGGAUACCCUUAAUGAGAUUAUAAUAUCGAAUACGGGGCUAACGGGUCCAUUGCCCCAAGAAAUAGGGUACUUAGACAAAGUGACAGUGUUUGAUGUGAGCUUCAACAGAUUGGAGGGAGAACUACCAGGAACCAUGCAAGGAAUGAAGAGCUUGGAACAAUUGGUUUUAAAGCAUAACAAUUUCUCAGGUGUGGUUCCGACCGGCAUUUUUGAAACUGCUGCUGAUAGAUAUAGUCACAUAGAUAAUAUAGGUUGUAUUUUUAAAAGGUUUUGA